UAAUUCACUUAAUUAAGUCAUGUGAUCGGGUCAGAUAAUGUUGCACUAUUGCACAUGGGGGGCACUAUUGAGAAGCCAACAUGUAAACUAUGUUGGCUUGUGACUUGUGUUUUUAAUUAAAUAAUUAUCUAAAAAGCAAAGAGUUCAACGCUUUUUACACAAAUACUGCUGAGCAUUUGGCCGUAGUGCAAACACAGCUAUGCCUAUGUUUUUAUUUAUUUUCAUCGAAAUGCCCUAGCCAAAAGAUAAGACGUUCUCUAAAUCAUAAGUGCAGCAACCUUUCUAGCCAGACCAUCGUGGUUAUUAAAUAAAGAAGAUAAGGACUAUUAAAAGAUAAAGGACCCUGGCUGAAAAGUUCAUUUGCCGUUCUGCUAGUCUUUUCCCUUUACUUGGAAAAUUGCUAUGUGAGAGAGUGCUUUCGCCCCGCUUCCAAUAUGUUUUCGUACUAGCCCCUGACUUUCUGAAAGUCAUAAAAGCUUUCAGAAUUUUUCUAACUUCGUAACUUAACUUUCUGUAUUUUUAUACAAUUAUCCCUGAUAUUUUAUCUUUCUUUAGAGGUAUAUUUAAAGCCAUUUAUGUAUACACAGAUGUUCCCUGAAAACAAAACUAAGGAAGACAUAUGCUGGUGAUGAAUACAUAUUAAAUGAAGAUGAGUAUUUAUUAGAGACGAUGGGCUCAGAAAAGCCAACGCAGUCUUAGCUGGUCCCAACGUCUAUAUGAUCCAGAAAGAUCGACAGAAUAUGCUGAUUUUUUUCAUAUUAACAACUCUUGUAAUGUUCCAUUAUGCUGACACAAAAUGCAGCCAAAAACUUAAUCAAUGGAAAUCCGCUAAUCCUAUUGAUCAGAGUUUGUAUCUUGGCGAAUGGAUAGUUUUCGACUGUCAGUUGGACAAUAAUCUUACCAAUGUUUCGUUGUGGCAGACCAAUAUAAUUGGUAAAUUGAAGAAACGAAUUUCAAAUGGGAAGAAAAUUAGAAAAUUCGGUGGCCAAUAUUUUAAUGUAACAAAUCUUAGCAUUUCUGAUCAAGGUGUUUACGAAUGCCGGGCUUGCGGUCAAACGAACAACAUCAAAGGUGAUGUACAGUUGUUUGAUAAAAACCACGGGGUGGCAUUUCAAAGGCCAAAUAUAACAAAUAAGAUUUAUAAGGCCAUUGAAUAUGGGACGAUGGUACGGCUUGUGUGUACGGUAAUCGGACAUUAUACUUUAGACUGGUAUAAAGAUGGAUCAUCUAAACAUCUCAGUUACAUGACGAUUCAAGAGUUGGUAAAAAUAGCGGCUUUGACUAUAGAAAGUUUCACAGAAUCUGAUGACGGCGUUUAUUCAUGUAAAGCACAGAGAACGAGUGUUCUUUGGGAGGCUGAAGACAGAAUUUACCUCAAUGCUGAAGAAGUGAAACCUGUGGUAUAUCGGGAUAAAACCCAAUACAGAAAAAGGCGAGUGGAUCAGGAUAGCCCACUGUAUCUGAAAUGUGAAGUUAGUCAAUCCAAUCCAAAACCAGAGUGGGAAUGGUUUGAAUGCGUUAAUAACUUGUUCAACUGCGGCAAUGAUUCUCAAAGGUGGUUUCCACUGAAAGAAGAGUCGCCCAGAUCGAAUAGCUCUCUUGUUAUUAAAAAACAAGAGUUUCAAUACGUCAGCUAUAGGUGUAUUGCACGGAAUGAAAUGGGUGAAGACAGUUUUACCUGGAAUUUCGUAUUCGACGAAAGAGGUAUAUCUUAUAUGAAAACAACAAUCAACGAAAAAAUUCCGAAGUAUGAAACUGCUGGUAUCAACAUCACCGUCAUGUGUGAGUGUAAUGGAUCAGUAAUGAUGGAGUGGACGAAAGAUGGACACAAAUUGCCUGCUGUCGAUGCUACGUCUUCAGAGAGAUCCAAUAUUACACGAAAGAUUCUGAUGAUCAAGAAUUUCAGUAAAACUGAUGAAGGACGGUAUGAAUGUCGUGUUAAGCACAGCAAGUACAAUUGGACUAAUUUUGAUUAUGUUAAUCUAAGUAUGAAAGUCAGCCCAAUAAUAAAAGCAUCAGAAAACAAGGAUGAUAAGCUUAGCCAACACGCUUUCCGUAAAGGAUUAAAACUACAUUGUUAUAUGAUAGAAAAAGGAAUUCCUCGAGCCAACCUGGUGUGGGAAAAGUGUAUUUGUGAUGCUCUGUGUUCUCAAUGUACACAUUGGUCAAAAUUGCAAAAUACUGCUAUACAUAUAGUGAACUUAUUUAGACGUAAAAGCAUAUUGACUAUCCAAUCACAAACAUCUGAACGAGUGAAUUACCGUUGUAAGGCAGAAAAUCUUGUCGGAAAAGAUGAACGUCUGUGGACUAUAUGGAGGAAAGGGGUUACAGAUUUGACAUCGAAAAGUACCGACGCUUACGUGGCAAUAAUCGUGAGCAUCGCCACUGCUAUGUUUGCAUUGUUGUUUAUUAUUGCCGUUGUUCUUUAUAAAAGGAAGAAACGUUAUGGAAAGUUGUAUAUUUUCACCAAUCCACCAUUGCCUGAUUAUAUUGAAAGAAUAGAUGGGACGCAACUGCUCGUGGAGCAAACCAAGAAACUACCAUAUUUAGACGAAUGGGAGUUUCCAAGAGAACGUGUUUUUAUCGAACGUACUUUAGGGUAUGGUGCCUUUGGCCAGGUAUGCCUAGCUAAAGUGAUUGGUAUAUCAGCUUUUAAUCCACGGAGAGCUUUAAACGGAGAAUCAAGAUGGACGUUUUUCACAAAGAUGGUAAACAGAAACCGUUAUCCAUACCUGAACUGUCCGAUAAUCACGGAAACGGCAGUUAAGAUGCUUAAUGAUAACUGGAAUGUAGGUGAUUUGGAGGACCUGUUGAGCGAACUGAAAAUUCUUAUUCACGUUGGAAAACAUAAGAAUGUAGUCAACAUACUUGCUGCUUGCACUAACGGACAUCGCAGUAAAACGUGGAUCAUUAUGGAAUACUGCCCGUAUGGUAAUUUGUCUGAAUUUCUCAGAAGCAGACGAGAAUUGUAUAAAGCCGAGUGGUUGAAGUUAACUUCAGAUUUUAACAGCAAACUGAGUAUAAGUGAUCUUGUAGCGAUUGCUGUCCAGGUUGCAAACGGAAUGGAGUUCUUGAUUUCGAGAAAGUGCAUUCAUCGUGAUUUAGCAGCAAGGAAUAUUUUGAUGGGUGAGAAUUUCGUCCCGAAGAUUGCUGAUUUCGGCCUUGCGCGUAAUAUUUACAAGGGUGGUGUCUAUCUUAAGAAAAAAUCGGGGCUAGUUCCUGUAAAAUGGAUGUCAGUUGAAGCAUUACGAGAUCGUGUGUUCUCGGAAAAGUCAGACGUAUGGUCAUUUGGUAUUGUUCUUUGGGAAAUGUUUACCCUCGGGGGUUCUCCAUAUCCCGGGAUACACUCAGUGGAUAUUUGUGAGUACUUGUGCAAUGGAAACAGGAUGGAAUCUCCACUAUAUUGCCCAAAUGAAAUAUACGACUUAAUGACGUGUUCUUGGAAUGCUGAUCCGUUUCAAAGACCAGGAUUUAAAAUGGUCGGGGAAAUGCUGAACAAAAUUUUAUCAAGCAUGCAAGAAACGAUCGUGCUCCAUCCUCUCGAAAUAGAGUGAGGACUGGCCCGGAAUAUUCUAAGGAAAUUUUGUCAUUGCAGAUGCAAAAGUGGAAGUAAUGGUGAAAUUUAUGUAAAUAUAUGGCGUUGUUUGAGUAAAACUUUGACUAUACACUGCAUCGAAAUCAGCAUGCGCAUGUGCUGAUUCUGCGACUUAAAAUUUACUCCGUGUUAGUUCGCAUGUACUGUAUCCUCGUACGCACAAAUGUUAUAUUCGUUCAUAUACGCGACUUACUAUGUAAUCGUAACAAUCAAUAUAUCAUUGCACCGGGGUGGCACUUGAUUUCAACGCAAAAUUCGAUGACACAAAAUUCGAUUCAACGUUGCCGUCGGAAAUCAAACUUCAAAAUACCUCAUUUCAAUGUCGAAGCUAUAUGAAUGAUAAUUUUAUGAAGUAAACACGCUAAAACGCGCUAUUUCCAUUUUUGCAUUACAUCCGUUUUCUCUUUAGAAGUCUUCCUUUGCAAGGUAAAUUUACUUCACUUUUUUCAGCCAGAGAAAUUUACAUAAUCGAGUUGAUCUUCGAAUUCGCGACGAUUUGUCAAACCCAGAAACUGGAGUGAAUAAAUUUGUCCGUAAACACUUGAAACUUUACUUGCGAAAAAAUUUUGUCAAAAUGCAAUUUGUAAAAAAAUUAUUUUUGUAAAAAUGCAAUUCCAGUUAAGCUGCGUAUAGGCCGGCCUCCACUUUGAUUACAAGGCAUUUGUAUCUUGACAAAGCAUUAGUAUAUUUUCGAAGUAAUUGUCAAAUGGGGCAUUUUUCGGGCAUAUUUUUCGCAUUUCGCAGUAACGCAGCAUGACUGCUACACCGGCGCCACUUAUUAACAGCGUUUAUUUGCAAAAGCAUGCAUGACUGCUAGUCCGACGGCGCGGCACCAUUAAUAAUAUAACACGACUGAAUUAUUCUGUAAUAU